GAGGGGUGAUGCGCAGCGCUCAAUCUGCGUCUAUGACAUAUCCGGUCGUUUUUUAACACACAGAUAUUUUAAUCGCAAGUCUUUGUGGUUGUCUUUCGCGUAUAACAAACCCAGUUCACGUUGUUCAAUAAAAUGAUAUUUAUUUUGUUUCUGUGCGACACUUCGCUCCUUCAAUCGGAGUGGAUUCGUCCGGGGAAAAGGAAACGUGAAGAUCUUAACGGAACAGUGUGGGAAUAAACGCCGCAACAGUUCCUCAAUCAUUAACGUUAUUUAAAACUUAGAGGCAACGGCUACAUGUUAAAAACGAAGAUGUUGGUUAUUUAAAAUGUAAAAGGGAGUUAUGCUGGUUUUCUGGACAGAAGGUUUUUUUAAGAAAUCCACUAUAAGUCCCAACAUGUCAGCACUGAGCCAUCUCACAAGAAGUGCUGAACUUAGCUCAGCCCAGGUGCGGACUCCCUGAGCUCUCUGAUCUGCAUUUUGGUUCUGGACUCAUGUAAGACUGAGUAGAAGCAGAACCAUGUCAGAAACCCUCCAGCUACCGGCGCUGCAGAUCCAGGGCCCGGCAGACGGGGAGUGCAAUGGAUGCGAGUUGGAUUCGGCCCUGUCCAGCUCGUCCAGCCUGUCUCUACGGCGCAAGCGUUUUAAAAUGCGCCGUAUGAAGAACGUCAUGAGCGAGAAGGAACAAUUGGAGAAGGAACAACUUCAGCAUUCAGGCUCCAAAGAGUACCUGCAGCUUCCGUCCAUUGAGAUCACGCCUUCCAGCGACGAGGACGCGGCGUGGUCGAGCUGUUCCACACCCAGCGCCUCGCCCCAACGCAGACGCUUCCUCCUGCGCAAGUGGCUGAGAGGAGGCGAGAAAAAAGAGCACGGCAGUGAGAGCAGCAGUCAGCAGAGCAGCCUGCAGAGCAGCCAUGAGGAAGAGUCCACGCGCUACCUGAGCCCCAACACCCGCGACGACAGCACUGCCAGUAACUCGAACCGCAGCUCGCCGGCCUGCUCACCCGUCCUGCGUAAACGCUCGCGCUCCCCAACGCCCCAGAGUCCAGAGGGAGAGAACAUGGUAGAAAAGAGCUCCGAUCAUUCCUCCGAUAAAUCCCCCUCCACCCCGGAACAAGCUGUCCAGCGCACCUACAGCCAGUCGCUUCACACCACCCGCCCCGCAGGAAAGAACUCCAAGAAAAGUCAAAGCUGGUAUAACGUUUUGAGCCCCACAUACAAACAACGAAAUGAAGACUUCAGGAAACUCUUUAAGCAGCUGCCCGACACAGAGCGCCUCAUUGUGGACUACUCCUGUGCCCUGCAGAGAGAUAUCCUCCUGCAGGGUCGCCUCUACCUCUCUGAAAACUGGAUUUGUUUCUAUAGCAACAUAUUCCGCUGGGAAACGCUGCUGACUGUGAGGUUGAAAGAUGUUUGCUCCAUGACGAAAGAGAAGACGGCUAGACUCAUCCCCAAUGCCAUCCAGCUGUGCACGGACAGUGAAAAGCACUUUUUUACCUCAUUCGGGGCAAGAGAUCGGACAUACAUGAUGAUGUUCAGACUCUGGCAAAAUGCUCUACUGGACAAGCCAUUAUGUCCCAAAGAGCUGUGGCACUUUGUUCAUCAGUGUUAUGGGAAUGAACUGGGUCUGACCAGUGAUGAUGAGGAUUAUGUACCUCCUGAUGACGACUUCAACACCAUGGGCUGUUGCCCCUCUCCCUGGUGCAGGUACUGUGAAGAGAUUCCCGCCGAAGACAACGAGGUCAAUGACAACUGCCCCAAAACCCCGGACGCCAAAAUGGACAUCAGUCCCCAGCUCCACAGGAAGGUUUUCCCCAACAGCAGUCUGAAUUCCACAGACAGCACGGACGCUCCGGUCAACUUUGACGUGCCCCCAGUAGAGGAUUUCAGUGGCUGCGUCCCAGAAGACCUCCUACCACUGCCGUUACCUGACAACAAGCUGUCAGAGACCAGUGGCUCUGCCCAUGUCCCCGUCCCCUCACCCUCCCUUGAUUUCAACGACAAUGAGGACCUCCCCACUGAGCUCAGCGACUCCUCAGAAACACACGAUGAAGCAGGGGAAGUGCAGGCCUUCCAGGAAGAUCUGAAUGGGAAACUGUACAUUAAUGAAGUGUAUAAGUUCAGUGUGGAUAAACUGUAUGACAUCCUCUUCACUGAAUCCCAGUUCAUGAGGGAGUUUCUGGAGCAGAGACGCUUCUCAGAUGUCGUCUAUCACCCAUGGAGGAAAGAGGACACUGGUAAUCAGACCAGAGAGAUCAUGUACACCAUCUCCCUCUCCAACCCACUCGCCCCAAAGACGGCCACAGUCACAGAGACGCAGACUUUGCACAAGGCCAGUCAAGUUAGCGAGUGUUAUAUUAUCGACGCUGAGGUGAUUGCUCACGACGUCCCGUAUCACGAUUACUUUUACACGCUCAACCGCUACAUGCUCACUAGAGUCGCCAAGAACAAGUGCCGCCUGAGGGUGUCAGCUGAGCUACGCUACAGGAAGCAGCCAUGGGGACUGGUCAAGGGCUUCAUAGAGCGAAACUUCUGGAGUGGCUUGGAUGAAUAUUUUAGGUAUUUAGAGCUGGAGUUGAGUAAGGUACAGCUGGUGCUAUCUGAACAGUCUCCCAAAUCCAAAGCGCUACGCACAGCUACAGUGAGGCGAAGGAAACGGCCGCUGACGCACAUGAGGCAGCAGCACCUGGACGAGGCACUCAGCCCCGUCACCACACCUGAGGAUGAGAAAAGUGUCAUCCAACGCAUCAAACACGUGGCAGUAUGUGCUGUCGCAGGAUCCACACAGACCAGACACAUCCCCGAUCACGGCUCUGAAGGCCUGGCUCUUUACAGCGUUUCCAAACUCCUUCUUAUAAUCAGCUCUGUUCUGGUGCUGUUGGUCUUUUUGAACAUGAUGCUGUUUUAUAAGCUAUGGAUGCUGGAAUACACGGCUCAGAGUUUGACCUCCUGGCAUGGUCUCAGGUCUCAUGAAAGUAAACUUCCACAGACACAGAUUGAAUGGGCUCAACUUUUGGAAUCUCAGCAGCGUUACCAUGAAAACGAGCUGGAGAAAUGGAGGGAAAUAAUAAAGUCAUCUGUGCUGUUGUUAGAUGAGAUGAGAGAGUCCCUCAUGAAGCUACAGAAAGGUAUCGGGUUAAGAGACUACGAUUCGGACACUGAAGAAAGGAGAAGUCGCUAUCACUGACGAACAGAGUCCCGGCUCAGCGAACGUAAUGAACAUCUCCACGUGUAAGCGUCCAGAUGAGCUGGGCCGGGGCUGGAGGGAGGCGGGGCAUGGUAAGUGGGCGCCACUGACUGCAGUCCGACUGCAGUGCUGUGAGGCCUUUCUGACAACAGACACUGAAGGAAACCCAGUACUGUAAUUUCUCUGUCUUCUCUACGAUGAAAGAGCUGAAAACAAAAAGGAACGCGGCAAUCGGUCUGUUCACCCAGGGCUAAAACAAACGCACCAAAACAAUUCAACUGUCGCUUCAAAACGGACACAGACUCUCUGGUUUAAACACUCGGAAAACUUGAGAGGAUGUUGGAACUCGGCAGCAUCCCUUUUUUAAACCUUUUGGAGUCUGGGACCAGAUAAAGAAAAUACAGAGUUACUAUCAGCAAGUGUUACGUGGACAUGUACACAUUUAUUUAUAAAAACAAAAUAUGGAAUUGAAUGAUAUUAUGAUACACAUGAAAAUAUAUUAUUUCUAUGUAGAGUUAUAUUUGUUGCCAGAGUUCAUUUGUAACAGGCUUCCAUGGAGAAUCAAGGCUGGUUCCUUGAUAGCUUGCGCCAUGGUGCAUCAACUAUAUGCAACUGGUAUAUCCUCCCUUGUUUGGAGGAAUGACUUCCUCCGAUUGGUUGAUUUGCAAUGGCGAAAGAGCCAAGGUCACUCAAGUUCCAUCUACGAAGCGUCAAUAGCUGCAUUCCAGUUUCCAUACACCUGUACAAGUACAUACUUGUAUAAACUACAUAUCAACCACAGUUUGAGAGUGGGAUGCAAAUUUCACACCGAACAGGAAAACUCAUCUUUUAAAAUUUUAAAGACGGAACGAUUUGUCGGAAGAUUUUAUGGUGACACAGAAGCCAUGCAGACAUGGUUUACAAUUAGGCUUUAAAAUUCAUAAAAGUUGUUCAUUUGUGAAAGUUAUCAUGAUGAACAAAACAUGCGAGAAUCACCAACCAUUGCUGGUCACAGAGCUUACUUUCUGCAAUAAACCAAAAGCCAAUGGAAAAAUCCUUUUGGGUUUUUGUCGAGGAAACUAGCAGGUGGCCUGCAAAAAUGCUCUAUUGUAUGGAAGAGUAUGGAAAUUGGGAUGCAGCCCUCAAGUCAACCAAAACUCUCAUGCAGUAACGGUUGUGGAAUAUUAAUUGUUAACUACAGCAGGUCCAAUCCAGCCAAUAGCAUCCAUUCAUUUGUAAACGAGAUAUUGUUACAUGAAUGUGUUUCUGUUCUCCCUCAGGGUUCAUUCAUAUCCUGCGGGAUGCUGUAAACAACUUCAUAUUGCCAAGCUUUGAUUUUAAAGCCAUUCCAUGUUUUUUUUUUGUUUUUGUUUUUUCCAUGUUGUAUACUGUUUUUGUGUUUUGAUGCUGAACCAGCUGCUGGACGGGUGAGAGAUGCACAAUGGUCAUGUGAUAUGAAAAAGUAUUGUUUUUAUGAGCAUAGUGGAGCUGUGUGCUUACAGAGAGACCAGCAGUGGGUGUUUAGACUGAACUGUGAAAAAUCCAGGUUAUGCUUGAAUUUACAAAGAGAAACUGUCUAGAAACUAUGGCAAUAUAAUAAAAAAAGUAAACCUCAUGAAAAUGGUCAAAUUGACUCUUAAACUCUUGAGGUGUCGUACGCAAAAACUCUCAUACAAACUCCCACACACAAGUACAUGAUGUGUUUAUAGUAGGAGCUGAGAUCUAUUAAUAUUGAGCCAUGGUGCUCAUAUGGGCCACUUGGUUUCUUGUCUAGGUUAUUUUCUGACCCUGUUCUGCCUUUUCCUCCUCAUCAGGAAUGUUUUUAAUUCUUAAAAGGCCAGCAUACAGUAUAAUUAGAAAUGUAUUUAAUCAAGUUAAACCAUGCAGAAAUUUCACAAUCUAAAGAAUGAUUUGAAUAUUUAAAUAUCGGGUGGUUUAUGUGGAGUCCUUCACUUAUUAUUCCACAUAGAGGCCUGGUUUCUAAUUAAUGUAGAUUUUGCCAUGGAAUCAAUUUGUUUAAAGUUCAUUAAAGGAACACUCCACUUUUUUUUUUUUUUUUUAAAUAGGCUCAUUGUCCAACUCUCCUAGAGUUAAACUGUUGAGUUUUACCGUUUUCGAAUCCACUCAGCCGAUCUCCGGGUCUGGCGGUAGUACUUUUAGCAUAGCUUAGCAUAGAUCUUUGAAUCCGAUUAGACCGAUAGCAUCUCACUCAAAAAUGAUCAUAUAUAAUGACGAUAUUUUUCUUAUUUAAAACUUGACUCUUCUGUAGUUACAUUGUGUACUAAGACUGACGGAAAAUGAAAAGUUGCCAUUUUCUAGGCUGAUGUGGCUAGGAACUAAACUGUCAUUCCGCCGCAAUAAUGCCGUACCAUGGGUGCUGCAGCGCCUGAAAGUGACCGGCACUAAGUUUGUGUAGAUGCAGAGUUGAAGCCGGCAGAGUUGACGGCUGUGAAAUAUUAUUGCGCCUCCUGCACCCAUGGUACGGCAACAACAUUUCUAGAUUAUUACGCCGAAAUGAGAGUAUAGUUCCUAGCCAUAUCGACCUAGAAAAUCGCAACUUUUCAUUUUUCGUCCGUCUUUGUACACAAUGUAGCUACGCAAGAGUCAAGUUUUAAAUAUAAAAAAAUAUCGAAACUCUUUGCCCAUUUUUGAGUGAGAUGCUAACGGUCUAAUCGGAUUCAAUUAUCUAUGCUAAGCAAUGCUAAAAGUGCUACCGCCAGACCCGGAGGUCGGCUGAAUGAAUUAGAAAAUGGUAAAACUCAACUGUUUAACACUAGGGGAGUUGAAAAUUAGCCUAUUUUCAAAAAAAAAAGUGGAGUGUUCCUUUAAUAAGCCCAGUUGUCUCUGGUACUGUUUAAGCCAAUGUGUGACCCUGAACUACAAAACCAGUCAUAGGGGUCAAUUUUUUUUUUAAAUUGCGAUUUAUACAUCAUCUGAAAUAUCAGCUGAGUAACUAAGCUUUCCAUUGAUGAAUGGUUUGUUAGGAUAGGA